GAAACGCUAACGGUCGCUGGUUCAAAUGCCCGGCCGCAGCUGGAGCCGCAGAGCCGCCUAGCCCGGUCCUAGCCCGGUCCCAGCCCCGUUUACAGAGCUUUAUACCCGGAUAAAGAGCCCUAGACCCGGACACUGGAGCACCAGCAGCCCCGGGGACCCGGAGAUCACGCAGCCGAGGAGGAGACGCAGGAGGCGGCAUGACGGUGCUGCAGGAGCCGGUGCAGGCUGCGGUGUGGCAGGCCCUCAACCACUACGCCUACCUGGAUGCAGUUUUCCUGGCCGAGAGACUCUACGCUGAAGUGCGGUCGGAGGACGCCCUCUACCUGCUAGCCACCUGCUACUACCGCUCAGGAAAGGCCUACAAGGCGUACCGGCUGCUGAAGGCUCACAGCUGCUCCACACCGCAGGUUCGAUUCCUGCUGGCCAAGUGCUGCGUGGAGCUCAGCAGACUCGCCGAGGGAGAGCAGGUUCUGAUUGGUGGAGUCUUGAACAGACAGAAGAGUCAGGAUGACAUCAUCACGGAGUUCGGAGACUCCGCCUCCUUCACCCUGUCAUUACUGGGACACAUUUACUGUAAGACGGAUCGAGCUGCUAAAGGAGCCGAGUGUUUCCAGAGGAGUUUAACCCUCAACCCGUUUCUCUGGACGCCCUUCCAGAACCUCUGCCACCUGGGAGAGAAGCCCGACCCGGACCAGGUGUUCCGGUUGUCGGCCCUGCAGAACUCCCUGGUUCCUCCGGCCGUGAGUCCGGCCCAGAACCUGGUCCAGAACCUGUCGCACCGUCUGGACACGGCGCUGAUGGAGACGCCGCAGGACACGCUGGAGUUGAACCGGCUGAAUCUAGAAUCUUCUAACGGAAAGCUGACGUCUGAUUUGUCGGUUUCCUACAUCGACUCCUCCCUCAUCUCCCCGGAAACCGGCUCCCUGCUGAGCAACACCGUUUCCAUGACGACCACCGGCUCCCUAUUGGCCAAACAGAACAAGCCCAAGAGUGGGCGGAGCCUCCUGGGGGGCCCGGCGGCCCUGAGCCCCCUCACGCCCAGCUUCGGUAUCCUGCCCCUGGAUCCCAGCCCGGGAGACCCCACAUAUCUGCAGAACUAUUCAGCUGCCAUGGAAACGCAGCCGGCGGCGCCCAAGAAAAUACAGGCCGUGUCCAGGAUCGGUCAGUCCAAGUCCGUCUUCAGCCAGAACAGCAGAGACGUUCUCCCCAUCCCCUUCAACCAAUCACAGAGCUCCGCCCCCCACACCAGCGGGUCUCCCCAGGUCCUCUCUCCCAGCAUGUCGGGUCCUCCCAACGUUCAGCCCAGAAGAAGCUCCAGACUCUUCACCAGCGCCAGCUCCACGGCCAAGGAAAACAGCAAGAAGCUGAAGAUGAAGUUUCCAACCAAAAUCCCCAACAGGAAAACCAAGUGUAAAACGGCCAAGACGACGAACAGCAGCAACCUGAACGAGAGUCUGGACAUCCUGAGACUAGAACCCGGUCUGACGGAGACCCGGGUCCCCCAGUACCAGAGAGCUGCUGCAGAUACCAUCGUGUCGUUGCUGCGGGACUUUGGCCGCGGCUACCUAGCUCUGUGCAGCUACAACUGCAGGGAGGCCAUUAGCAUCCUUAGCUCUCUACCGCCGCAGCAUUACAACACCGGCUGGGUUCUGACACACAUCGGCCGGGCCUGGUUCGAGCUGGCCGAGUACACGCAGGCGGAGCGUCUCUUCGCGGAGGUCCGGAGGAUGGAGUCGUACCGGGUGGAGGGGAUGGAGAUCUACUCCACCACGCUGUGGCAUCUGCAGAAAGACGUGGCUCUUUCUGCUCUGAGUAAAGACCUGACGGACCUGGACAAGAACUGCCCCGAGGCCUGGUGCGUGGCAGGAAACUGCUUCAGUCUGCAGAGAGAGCACGACAUCGCCAUCAAGUUCUUCCAGAGAGCCAUCCAGGUGGACCCCGGCUUCGCCUACGCCUACACUCUCCUGGGCCACGAGUUUGUCCUGACGGAGGAGCUGGAUCGAGCUCUGGCCUGUUUCCGGAACGCUAUCCGGGUCAACAACCGCCACUACAACGCCUGGUACGGGUUGGGGAUGAUCUACUACAAGCAGGAGAAGUUUAACUUGGCAGAGAUUCACUUCAAGAAGGCGUUGAGCAUCAACCCGCAGAGCUCCGUGCUGCUCUGCCACAUCGGAGUGGUCCAACACGCCCUGAAAAAGUCUGAAGCUGCUCUGGAAACUCUGAACCGAGCGAUCGGCAUCGACCCCAAGAACCCGCUCUGCAAGUUCCACCGGGCUAGCAUUCUGUUCGCUAACGACAAGUACAAGGCCGCCCUGCAGGAGUUGGAGGAAUUGAAGCAGAUCGUUCCCAAAGAGUCGCUGGUUUACUUCCUCAUAGGGAAGGUGUACAAGAAGCUGGGCCAGACUCACCUGGCCCUGAUGAACUUCAGCUGGGCCAUGGACCUGGACCCUAAAGGAGCCAACAACCAGAUCAAGGAGGCCAUCGACAAGAGAUACCUGCCCGAGGAUGAAGCAGCAGAGGUGGACGACAGUCAGGACAGCAGCAUCAUGACGGACGCCGACGACACGCAGCUGCACACGGCGGAGAGCGACGACGUCCUUUAGCUAUACCUGUGUCCCACCUGUCCCCCCUAAUGACCCACCUGUCCCCCCCCCCCACCUGUCCCCCACCUGUCCCCUACGUGUCUCCCAACUGUCUCCCCCCUGUCCCCCACCUGUCUCCCGCCGCUGCACCUUCCUCGGUUGAAGGAGAAUCUCGUUACCUGCAACGAAGUUUCACACGUCUUUAGCUCCGCCUCCUUCCUGCCGUCUGACUGGCUGAAACAGACUGAUGCUGAAACUAAGCCCCGCCUCCUCUUCCUCUGACGUCAUCGAGCUGUGACAUCAUCGAGCUCGUCCUCUGACAUCACCGCUGAUUUUUUUUUUAAUGUUCUUUUUAUCAUCCUUCUGGAAAUGAACCAAUAAAACGUGUAAAU